AUGGCUUCAGGUACAAUAUUGCAGGUGAGCCACUCGUGCGUGUAACUUUCGUUGUUUCUGCUUCACGAUUAAAAACGCGCAAUCGUAAUUAAAAAUUUUCUCUUUUGGCGUGUCGUAGAAAGCUAUAGAUCUGGUUACCAGAGCUACCGAAGAAGAUCGUAAUAAAAAUUACGAGGAGGCCCUUAGGUUGUACGAACAUGCUGUCGAAUAUUUCCUCCACUCUAUUAAAUGUAUGAUUAUUAACAGGUUUCCUUUGCGAUAUCGCUUCUUUUUCCAUUUUUUUUUCUUUUUUUAUGAUAAUCUUACGUUGAGAAUAGACUUUGAGCGUUAUUGGUUUUACUUCUUCUCUAGACGAAGCGCAAGGCGACAGAGCUAAAGAAAGUAUAAGGGCAAAGUGUACGCAAUACUUGGAAAGAGCCGAGAAGCUAAAAGCAUAUUUGAAGAAAAGUAAGAAGAAACCUGUAAAAGCGGGUGAAGAUAAUUCGAAAACCGAGGAUAAGAAGAGCGACAGUGGAGACAGCGACACGGACAGUGAUCCUGCAAAGAAGAAACUUCAAAGUAAAUUGGAAGGUGCGAUAAUCAUUGAAAAGCCAGACAUUAAGUGGAGUGAUGUCGCGGGUCUUGACGGAGCCAAGGAAGCUUUAAAGGAAGCUGUUAUCUUACCAAUACGUUUUCCUCAUCUUUUUACUGGAAAACGGAUACCAUGGAAGGGUAUCUUGUUGUUUGGGCCACCAGGCACUGGUAAAUCUUAUCUGGCGAAGGCUGUUGCAACUGAAGCUAAUAAUUCAACGUUUUUUUCUGUGUCGUCUUCGGACUUGGUAAGCAAAUGGCUCGGAGAAUCUGAAAAACUUGUCAGAAGUUUGUUCGAAUUAGCUCGCCAACACAAACCUAGUAUCAUAUUCAUCGACGAGGUGGAUUCGCUCUGCUCGUCGCGUUCCGACAAUGAAUCGGAAUCUGCGAGAAGAAUAAAAACAGAAUUUUUAGUACAAAUGCAAGGUGUUGGGUCAGACAAUGACGGUAUACUAGUAUUGGGAGCUACUAAUAUACCAUGGGUGUUAGACCCUGCUAUCAGAAGAAGAUUCGAGAAAAGGAUUUACAUUCCUUUGCCGGAUGAACAAGCUCGAGCUGUAAUGUUCAAACUUCACUUAGGAAAUACUUCUCAUUAUUUAACGGAGGAAGAUUUUAAAAAAUUAGCAGCUGCCACUGAUGGUUACUCUGGCGCUGAUAUAAGUAUUAUUGUGCGAGAUGCUCUUAUGCAGCCAGUUAGACAGGUUCAGACUGCGACGCAUUUUAAACGCGUGAGAGGGCCAUCGCCGAAAGAUCCUUCUAUAAUUGUGGACGAUUUGUUGACACCAUGUUCACCAGGAGAUCCAGCCGCUAUUGAAAUGAACUGGAUGGAAGUCGAGGGUGACAAAUUGUACGAACCACCUGUAACUAUGAAAGACAUGUUGAAGUCAUUAGCAACUACGCGUCCUACAGUAAACGAGGAGGAUAUGACUAAAUUAGAGAAAUUUAAAGAAGAUUUUGGUCAAGAAGGUUGA